UCACCACAAUUGAAGACAGUGAGUCUCGGAAAUAACUAGAAGCUAUUUCGAAAGGUAGCGUUACUUUAAGUUCAGUAUAUAGUCAUCAAGUUUCCGUUGUAUUUGUUAGUAUCUACUGAGUUAAUAACAACUCAGCAGUUUAUAAUCAGGUUGUGUAUCAUGUUUCGCAAGUUUUACUGCCGCAUUUUACUGUCACUAGCUAAGCAUCUGGUACCAAUGCCAGAUUUUUUUGCUCGUGUGGUGCACCGCUUUAGCGUUGGUCAUCGAAUUUGUGCUUAUCCAUCCAUAAUGAUUACACAAGGUGACGCAACUGUAUGAAGAGAAUAUAGCUAGGUUAUUCCAAAUUAUAGCAAAGGCAUUACGAUGGUCAUUCGAAUGGUUAGCUACAGUAAAUAGUAACUUAGAGUUGGAUGUUUCUGGCUUUCCAUAGGUUAUUUUACUGAUAUUUAAAUACCGCUAUUCUGUGACAUCAUGUAUCUGUAGUUUUGUUAUGCCUUUCUGCGCCUGCUUUCAUUUUAUCUUUUUUCCCACUCACUUUGACCAGAUGUUGACCAUAAUACUAUGUUACGUCUUGUUCUAAGGUGCUCAUGCAUCUUUAACUCUUAAUUUUUGCCUAAAUGUUACUUUAUGAGUUCUUAACAAACCGGACAAAUUACCUAGAGCUCUGUAGUCUUAUAAAUAUUGUUUCAUCUGAAGUUGAAGUUCUUCCUUAUCCAGUCCAAAUAUUAGUAUAUGUAUGAUUAUUAUAUCAAUAAAAUUAAGAAAAUGACUUCAAACUAAUCGGAACAUUAAAUGCUAGCUAUAAAAUGCUUUGCAGUGUGUGAACCACUGCAUCAGACCUGUCAAACCGUCGAAAUCACAGCUUCUUUGCAUUUGAUCUUUACUGGACAAACUAUGGCUUCUCGAACAGGCAUGAAAGUUGCUCGCAAAGCCAAAACCACCGCAGAGGCUAUAGUUCACUCACCAUUUCUCAAAAUAAUCAUACCAGCCCAACAGGCUCGGCCAGCUCCACCUUUAGGACCACAGUUAGGUCGACGGAACGUAAAUAUUGCCAAUUUUUGCAAAGAUUUCAAUGAGAGAACCAAAGAUAUUAUGGAAGGAGUCCCAUUGCCUUGUUUUAUAUCUGUCAAGCCCGAUCGAUCAUAUGAUUUAGUGAUUAGUCACCCAUCAUCUAUGCAUUUGUUGAGAAUGGCUGCAGCUGCUAAAAAGGGUGCUUCUUUGCCAGGCAGUGAAAUAUGUGGACGUAUAACUUUAAAACAUAUUUAUCAUAUUGCUGAGCUCAAACAACAAGAUCCUAAUUUAUUAACAAAAAGUUUGGAAGAUAUUUGCAAAAUGUUGCUUGGUACUGCUCAUCGUUUGGGUAUUGAGGUGUUGUCACCUGAAGAUAUUAAUUCUGGUCGAGUUGAUUAUACGCCUAGUGGAUAUGCUAAAUUCCUUCAAAAUCGGAAUGAUCAUUUAAAGCAGAAGAAAUUAGAAGUUGAAACUUCAAAACAGAAUAAAGUGAUGAGAUUGUGAAUGAUUUAGUUGUGUAUAGCAAGUAGAAACUGCAGUUUUGUAUAAUAAAGUCACAUACUUUUCAUUUCUAAUAGUUUUCAAUGCAACGCUUACUCAGUGAAUUUUUCGUGAAAAUGUACUUCGUGUAGACGUACAUUGCUGUUUAAUAUCCACCAUAGGAAAGCUGUUUAAGUAUAAGAUACACUUAGGACGAAAUAAUGCAAGUGAAUAUUAGGGUGUUGUUCUUACACGUAAAUUUUAGAUGAAUGGUUUGGCGAACAUUUGAUGUUCAAACUGGUAGAUUUGAAUUUUUAGUAGCAUCGGCUUUAGUGGUCGCACAGAUGUGCGACUAGAUAGAUUCAAUGUGAAACUCAGUACCUACGUGCCCGUUGUUGAUAACUGGCUGGUUUAAAUAUUGAACUUUGCAAAAAAGCGCAGCAGUUCAUGCUGCUAAAAGAAGAAAAACGAAAUUUGAAAUGAUGAUAAUAAGCAGAAAUAUGAGGGGGAAAGAAUAGUAACGUGGGAAAACAGUAGGGUUUCAUUGGAUGUGGCAG